AUGGGAAGACGCGCCUCUUGUGGAAGGAAUGGCCACACCAGUGACCAGGUGUCUGUAAAGGCCCUGAAAGGGUUCUGCCGAGCCGCGUACACCUCUAAGCUGAGGCCAGGACGCAGCAGUCCGCAGCUGUCCGCAGCAGUCCGCAGCUGUCCGCAGCUGUCCGCUUGGUCUGCGGCCGGAUGCCGGAGGCUUGGUCACCAUCCGUUACAGGGCUACGACAUCCUUGACUCACAGGCUGCCCGGGGGUGGGGACGGGGGAGGGGGGCAUCAUCCCCCGGAGCCGACCCCGCCCGCACGGCCCCAGGUCCUGCCGGAGCACCAACGUCGGCUGGGCAGCGCGCGGCCGCCCACGGCCCCGCCCGGAGCCGCCGCGGGGUAGGGAGCGGUUGUCUGCCCAAGGGCGGGGGAGGGGAGCAGACUCGGGGCGGAGCCCGGCGGGGGGAGGGCCGGGAGCUCGGGUUUCCCUGGGAGUCUGGGGCAGCGGGCGAAGGAGGGCGCUACCCUGGAACAAAAAGCAGGCGAGAAGCUCCCCGCGCUCACUCGCUCCGGCGUCGAUCCGCGGCAGCCUCUCUGACCGCUCACGUUCUAGAAGAGAUUGACGUGAUGGGAAGCAUCAGGAUGCACAUCUUGGUCCUCGGUCUCCUGAUCCUGGCCAUGUUCUGUAGUCCAGGUGGUGCUCUGAAAUGCUUCCAGUGCAAUUCUCCCGUACAACCCUGCACCGAGAACGUCACUUGUAAAGCUGAGAAGGACGCGUGCCUGCAGGUUAUUUCUGGUGGAGCUUACUACCAUUCCUGUUGGAAAUAUGCUGACUGCAACAUAGAGAAGAUUGAAGCAGCCUUUCCUAUUGCCAGUGCCCGCUACUCUUGCUGCCAACGUGACCUAUGCAAUGCUGCGGGGAUGGGGACCGCAGUCAGCAAGGCAACCAUGAUGGCUGGGCUCUUGGUGGUGGUAGCUGGGAGCUUCUCUGUUUAAUUGAGUGGAAGGGGAAAGAGCCUGAAGGAACGUGUGUGUGUGUGUGUGUGUGUGUGUGUGUGUCUGUGUGUCUGUGUGUGUGUGUAUGCAUGUUGGGGUAGGGGGGAGUGGUUUUCCAUUUCCCUCUCUAUGAUAUCUCAAGUAUUAUGUCUCUCACUAAGUGCAUUUUGUGUAGGAGAAAGAUGUUUCGUUACAGCUGUCCGUUUGAGAAGCAGGUACCCAAAAGUCGUGCGGGGGGGGGGAGGGGGGAAGUGUAUUAUAUGGGUGGCAUUCUCAUCUCCAAGCAAGCCACCCAUCUAGGGAAACAUUUUAAACUCUGAAGUGAUGGAAAGAACUCUGUAGCUGCUGCUAACUUGUCAUUUCUGGGGGCCUCCUCAAGCUGUCCUGGUUUCCCCAACCCUCCAUCCCAUAGCUGCGUCCACACCUUGGGUGAUAGGAUGAGACAGGAGGAUUCCCAUGUGGUAUUUCUUCCCAGUUCCCCAAAUAACUCAGUUCAUGGUCUUGACUAAGUCGCUGUCCUUUCUCAUUCCUCGGCCUUCAAAUUAAGACAGUCUUUUUUUUUUUUUUAAACUAAUGCUUCCAUCAGUGCAUGAACUAUCCAGGCCCGUCCUUUUGGCUCUCGAGCCAAUUUUCAAGCACUCCCUCCUCGGCCACAGAGAAAGAACACAUCAGCCCAGUCUAAAAAUAUACCCUGCCCAGAGAACAAGUGUCACUAAAACUCUUAUUUCAUCGUGAUUGGAAUGGGUUCUGAGAAAUGUCUGCAUGCCAGGCAGGACGGACCCCUCCAGUUAGAAGGGCUCCAGAACCCAAUCCCUCUCUAGUGUAAAUAAAAGAUGUCUCCCUCAUGGGAGACACGUAGCUGAAAUUUGAGCAUCUUGAGGGAACUAGGUCCUUAGGGUCCCUUUCCCCAUUCACCUCUUGAGAUUUGAACUAAAGAUGGGAUUUGAGCCUAGUGGGAGCAUUUACAAAGCCAAAAUUAAUGUGUUAUAAUUCCAUUAACCAUUCUCCCACCCAGCCAAGCAUGAGCUCAGACUUGGUUCCAUAGCUGUUAGAAAUUAACCAGCCCGUCGCCUGCGUGCUUUGCAGUAUCCAUUUGACUGAUUUGAGAUUUAAGAUUUUUGGUGGAAAGUCCUUUAUCCAUACAUAAUAUCACUGCUUCUGAAUACGGUGGAAGAGUAAGUGAAGCCACUAUGUGGAGCUCCAAAUCACAUCCUUAGCAGAAAUAAGAACUUAUUCAUUGCCAAGAUUAUUCAAAACUCAUAGCUGCAUGAUUAACAAAACAGGUGGGGAAAGCCCUCCCCUGUGACGACGGCUAUUCACACGCUAUUGUCAAAUGCAUUGGCUUUCUAGGACACACUCCACCUGCUCACUUUGAUUCCCCCUGCCCUUUUAUAGUUGAAAGCAUGACACUCCUCCCCCCCCAUCCCUACCCCCGUGGGAGCCCCUUGACUGCAUAUUAUUAGAAUGACCAAAAAAAAAAAGAUUUUAUAUUCCCAAAACGUUGACUCAGUACUCAAUAGCAUGUAUUAGCUUUGUAGGUGAAUGUACCAUUAUGGUAAAGACUUUUUAAUCUUGAAAACUGAAAGAUAUUCUGCAGCCAGGUGGAAGAAUUGUAAGCAGUUGUGUCUUCUGAAAAUUAAAUUCAAGCAAGCUGUUGGA